AAUUGAAACCAACCCUAAGCUCUUUUUAUCUUCGCCCUAAAGGUAGUCCCGAUUAUUGCUGACUUAAGUAUCGAUGUGUCUACCCCGAGUUCCACCUCGGGGCCUUGCAAGUCAUCCCGGAGUGCAGACGCGAACUGAAGAAGGACUUCUGGUUUGGUGCAAUUACAUUGGCGCCGUUUGUGGGAAUCGAACUGAAAGCUUUCUAGUUGCUCUUUUAUCAUGGUUCACACUCGAUCAGUCCGAGCUGGUAAUUCAUCUCUACCUCAUGGGCAAGGUCAACCCCCCAACAAUCUUCCGCCUCUGAUCCCACCUCAACUCCCAAUUCAACCUCCACCUCAGCUCCCACCUCAGCUCCCCACUAUGUUCCUUCCUGUUGAUCAUGCAGAAGAAGGAGAUGAAAACCAACCCUAUACCUCAGCUCACAAUUCAACUUCCACUACCAACCAAGACAUAGUGGCAGCUCAGCUUGCUGCCAUGCAACAACAGUUUGGUGUUUUUCAGUUGGUGCUGGCUCAACUUUUAGCUAGAAAUAAUCCUGGUAAUGCCCGAACUUGGUAUUACAGUUUACCUCCGAGGUCAAUCAGCUCUUAUACAGAAAUGGCAUCUGCCUUUGCCACUAAGUUUUCUAGUAGAAGGUUGAUUAGGAAAACUACUUCUGAGCUGAUGCAAGUUAAACAGAGGGAUGGAGAAUCUCUGAAAAACUAUAUCAGCAGGUUCAAUGAUGCAAUAUUGGAGGUUAGUUCCUUUGAUCAAGCUAUGGGAAUUGCAGCUGUGAUCUCCGGUUUUAAACAUGACAGGUUCAGAGAUAGUUUGAUCAAACAUAUUGCCACCACCUUUAGCGAGGUGAACGAUAGGUCUCUGAAAUUUAUAACCAUUGAGGAGUAUGCCCUGGCGCAGAAUCCGACUCCUUCUAAGAACCAGAACCCAGAAUGGAGAGAUGACAAUUCGAGUAAACCUCCAGUUAAUUGGACUACCUUUAAUCUGCCAAUGUCACAAAUUUUUAUGCAGAUCAAGAAUAAGAUGGAUUUAAGGCGUCCUGGCCCAAUGAAAACUACUGCUGCUAGCCGAGAUCAUACCAGAUAUUGUGGUUUUCAUCAAGAUCACGACCAUACUACAGAGCAGUGUAACAGCUUAAAGUCCGAACUGGAAAGUCUAGCUCAGAAGGGAAUGCUGAAUGAGUAUGUUCAGAGAGCUGCACAGCCACGAUUUGUCAGAGAACAAGGGCCACAGCCUCAAGGAGCCCGUAACCCACCAAACAGGCAAGGUGUGGGAUAUCAGCAAAACCCACCUCCGCUCCCACCACCAACUAGAAUCAUACACAUGAUCACGGGAGGUCUGGAAGCAUGUGGACUGAGCUCUAAACAGCGAAAGCUGUAUGUCAGAGAGGUUAAGCAUCAGAAACGAGCUCAUAAACGGAAGUUUGAUGAUGCUGAGUGGAAGAAUCAACCCAUUACUUUCACAUCUACUGAUCUUGAUACAGUUGUUACACCCCAUAAUGAUCCCUUGGUCACUUCUGUCAUAAUUAAUAACUGUGAAGUACAGCGUGUCCUUGUUGACACUGGGAGUGCACCAGACAUUAUGUACUUCCACUGUUUCGAGAGUCUUAGACUGGAUCCAGCGUUGUUGCAGAAAUAUGAUGGUCCUAUUUAUGGUUUCAACAACCAACCUGUUCCGGUAGAAGGAGUUCUUACCCUCCAUGUGGCUUUUGGGAGUGGCCGGACCUAUGUAACCCCUUUAGUCCGGUUCCUCGUCGUCAAGAUGGUGUCCUCUUUCAACAUUGUUAUUGGCCGACCCACAUUGACUGAAAUCCAAGCUGUGGUUUCCCAAUCUCACCUCUGCAUGAAGUUCCCAACUCCUAUGGGAAUAGCAACACUGGCUGGUCCGGUCGAAGAUGUUGAAGAAGUGCUCAUUGAUGACAGAGAUCCGAGCCGAAAGACACAGAUCGGAACUAGAUUGAACCCGAAGGAAAAAGCAGAGCUAAUAGCUUUCCUCCGAGCUAACAAUGAUGUGUUCGCAUGGACUUCGGCAGAUAUGCCAGGAAUUCCAAACUCAGUAUCCCAACACAAGCUUAGCACCAAUCCAUUAAAGAAACCAGUGGCCUAUAAGCGGUGUCUCUUCGGGGGGGAGAGGCUUCAGGCUAUUAAAGAAGAGGUUAAGAAACUUCUACAAGCUGGUUUCGUCAGGAAAGUCGAUUACUGCGAAUGGGUGGCUAACCCAGUCCUAGUGAAGAAGGCAAACAGUAAGUGGAGAAUGUGCAUUGAUUACACAAAUCUUAACCAAGCCUGCCCCACGAAUUGCUAUUCGAUGCCGAGCAUCGACAAGUUAGUUGAAGCGGCUUCAGGCAAUGAGAGGUUAAGCCUCUUGGAUGCAUAUUCUGAGUAUCACCAGGUGUCGAUGGCUCUCGAAGACGAAGAGAAAACCUCGUUCUAUGCUGGUGAUGAAAUUUAUUGCUAUGUCAUGAUGCCGUUUGGCUUGAAGAACGCAGUAAAGAGCCUGAAAGCAGAAGACCAUCUAGCUGAUCUCGACGAAACCUUCAACAAUCUCAAAAAGAACAGGAUGCGGUUGAACCCAGCCAAAUGUAUUUUCGGUGUGGAGUCUGGAAAGUUUCUCGGUUUCAUGGUGUCCCGAAAAGGGAUUGAGGUCAAUCCAGAGAAGAUAAGAGCAAUUGCCGAGAUGAAACCGCCGAAAUCAGUGAAAGAUAUACAGAGGUUGACUGGAAGGGUGGCAGCUCUACACCGAUUCAUAUCGAAGUCAGCAGAUAAGUGCCUGCCGUUCUUCAAGAUCAUGAGCUCACUACCUCUACUGACUAAGGCUAUAGAUGGAGAGAUUCUUUAUUUAUAUCUCGGAAUUUCAGAUGAAGCCAUUAGUUUGGUUCUAGUAAGAGAAGAAACCAAGCAGCAAAAACCAAUCUAUUAUAUCAGCAGUGUACUGCACAGGGCAGAGCUGAGGUAUCCUAUAGUUGAGAAAGCAGCAUUAGCUAUUGUCACUUUGGCCAGGAAAUUAAUUAAGUGGGCAGUAGAACUGGGGGAGUUUGAGAUAACGUUUCAACAGAGAUCAGCAAUCCGAGCUCAAGCACUAGCAGAUUUCAUUGUCGAAUGCACCCCAUGUCCUUCAUCCUCUAAUCUAGAGCCCAACAAUUGGACCUUAUAUGUUGAUGGGGCAUCUAGCAGCAAAGGUUUAGGAACGGGCGCUCUCUUGAUUGGUCCAGAGGGUUAUCGAAGCGAACAUGCUUUGAAAUUCAACUUUGAUGCAACAAAUAACAUGGCUGAAUAUGAAGCUCUGCUACUUGGCCUACAACUAGCAUUGGAGUUAAAAAUCAGUGCAAUUCAAGCAGAUUCUCUCUCCAAGUUUGCCUCAGAUAGCUCUUUAAGUUCCAGAUCCGUUUUUGUAGAGGUCUUAGAUGAACCAAGCUUCAUGAAGCCUCGGGUGAUGGAGAUUAGCACAAACCCUGACACGCCGAGCUGGACUGAUUCAAUCAUCUCCUUUUUGCGAGAUGGAAUAGUACCUGAGGAUAGGCAGGAGGCAAUGAAGUUGAGGAAGAAAGCAUCUUGGUAUACACUCAUUGAUGGGGUCCUGUAUAAGAGAUCUUUCUCACUUCCUCUUCUACGAUGUUUAAACCCCUAUGAAGUUGAAUAUGCACUUCGAGAGGUGCAUGAAGGUGUCUGUGGGAGCCAUGUUGGUGCUAGGACUCUAGCUCACAAAGUUUUAAGGCAAGGAUAUUACUGGCCAAACAUGCAUAAAGAUGCCACUUACUUUGUUCAGAAAUGCCCGAAAUGUCAAUUCUUUGCACAUCUGACUCAUCAACCAGCAGAGGAGCUCACAAACUUCGUAGCACCAUGGCCAUUUGCUCAGUGGGGGCUAGAUCUUUUAGGCCCGUUCGUGAAAGGGGUUGGUGGUGUAACCCAUCUAGUUGUUGGUGUGGAUUAUUUCACAAAGUGGGUUGAAGCUCGGCCAUUAUCUAGUCUUACCUCCAAGAAGGUCGAAGACUUUGUUUUCAGCUCGAUCAUCUGCAGAUAUGGGAUCCCGAAUCAAAUUGUGGCUGAUAAUGGAACCCAAUUCAAUUGCUCCUCGUUCCGAGAUUUCUGUUCCAGUUAUGGGAUCAAGUUACAGUUCACCUCCGUUUACCAUCAGGAGUCCAAUGACAUGGUUGAAUCUGUUAACAAAUGCAUUUUAGAAGGUGAAACACCCUAUCACUUGGCCUUUGGUACCGAAGCAGUCAUUCGUGUUGAAAUAAGAGUCCCAAGCUUCCGAGUCACCCAUUCCGAUGAAGGACGAAAUGGACAACUACUUCGGGAAAACCUUGAUCUGCUUGCUGAAGUCAAAAAAGAAACUCGACUUCGAACUCUUGUAUACAAGCAGAAACUAGCCAACUUCUACAAUAAAUGGGUCCGCCCUCGAACAUUCAAAGUAGGAGACCUUGUUCUUAGAAAAGCUAGCCUAACGGGGUUUGAAACUCGUUUUGGCAAACUCGCCCCAACUUGGGAAGGCCCUUAUACCGUGGCCGAGGUGCCACAUCCUGGUGCCUAUGUCCUCCAAGACGCUGAAGCAAAAAGAGUUCCUAGAGUCUGGAAUGUCAAUAACUUGAAGAAAUUUUACCCCUAAUAAAAUUCUUUCAAGUGAUCUAUGUCUUACUGUUCUUUACAUUUCUCACUUCGUGUUUGUUGAGAUUCAUUUUACCUCUUAUUCUAUGUAUCCGAGGUCAAUUAGCCCUAGAACCUCAUUUCUGAUUAGUAAAUGUCACUUCACAUG